GUCCCUCAAUGCUCAAAAAGGCGAGGGGGGGGCAAGAUCAAAUUGUGUUUACUGAUUAAAAUGGCAAUUGCAUUAUCCAGUUAAGGAGGCUUUAAUGUGGAAUCAAGUACAAAACGAAUAAAUGUCCUAUUUUGUGGAGUUUCAAAAUAGCCUACCUGAGAGAUGAAGUCAAUAGCACUUGUCUCCCGGGGGACUUCAAUUUGGUGUUUGCUUAAUGCGGGGGGAUGGCGGACACAUAUCAUUCUGCGCUUCUCGCCGUCGGACGGUCUUGACAGCCUUGCCAUGGAGAGAGAAUUUGGCAUCACGUUCCAAUAGCUCUUCAGAGACUGCAAGAUGUCGUUGGCAUUGGGUAAAACACGAAGUUCGAUAGAGAAUUCCAAAAAGUGUACUUCAAAGCUAUGGAAGCUGUUUCCUCACGUUUUUCUCAUACUUUCACUCGUCGGAUAUGCCGCCUUGGGAGCGGUGCUAUUCUGGUGCAUUGAGGGGGGGAGUGUGUACAAAACAGAAGGGGAAUAUCAUGAGUUUUUGGGUAAACUGUUGCGCACAAUUCAAAAUUAUCCAGGUAAUUUGUCCAGCAAUUCUUCUCAAGAACAACAUUUGGUGAAAGAACUAGAGAAAGAAAUCAACGGGGGUUUCAAGUCCAUAUGGCUUCAACGUCCAGAGCGAUGGACAUUCUAUCCAUCCCUGUUCUUCUGUUGUACUGUAUUCACAACCGUGGGUUAUGGAGAGAUCUAUCCAGUGACCCUGCCUGGUAAGGUGGUCUGUAUCCUGUAUGCCAUGGUGGGUAUCCCCCUCAUGCUCCUGGUUAUCACAGAUGUGGGAGACCUCCUGGCCAUGCUCCUCUCCAGGGCCUACUGCCACCUGCACACUCUUUUAUGCAGGUUGCCCCAAUACGGCCGCUGGUCCCCCUCCCAUGACACAGAGAAGCCAGGGCACGGGGGCCAGGGGGGCCUCCAGGACGGGACCUAUACCUUCAGCCACGAGGUGGUGGUCCGACAGGUCCUCCACAGCCAGCAGUCUGUGAAGCGCAAGUCCAUCCAGCUGCGAAACAACACAGAGAUCUUCAACCGCAUCAUUGCACGGGAGAACUUCAACAGGCAGGGCCCACUGGUGCGGAGCCUUUCCUGCCCUGAGCUGGACCGCAUGCCCCCCUUGCCCAAGGGUUUUGCCAUCUGGGACUUCACAGGCAUCGGGGACAAUAUGGACAAGCUGAACGUGCCGCUGCUCCUCAUCCUGGUGGUGGUGUUUGCCUACAUCCUGUUUGGAGGCCUCAUCCUGCCCCUGUGGGAGACAGAGUUCCACACCUUUGACGCCUUCUACUUUUGCUUCAUCACCCUCACCACCAUCGGCUUUGGUGACAUCGUGCCCAACCACCCCAAGUACUUCAUGCUCACUUUUGUCUUCAUCAUCAUGGGCAUGGCCAUCAUGUCCAUGGCCUUCAAGCUGGGCCAGUCACGCAUCGUCAGCUGCUACCGCCAGUGCAUGCGCUGCAUCAGCGGGGGGAUGGUAGAGAGGUUUGACGAGUUGGGGAGCGACUGAGAAAAAGUGUUUCGUCCUCCACCAGGCGGCUCAAGAGUUUUAGGGUUAUGAGGCCCUGCCAUUGUGGGUCCAAAAAGCACUAAGCACGAACUUCUGUACGGCUGACUUGGGAACAGUGUCUAGCUCAGUGGGGUGCAAAGCUAACCCUUGAGCUGACCCCUCAUCAUUAGCUUGAGCAAAUGAAAAUGAAAAUGUGCCCAAAGCUUAAGCAAAAUUAUGUGACUUUAUGUAUGUGAGAUUUAUCUUACAUGUCUGUUGCCCAAAUAUAGAUAUGCACUCUGUCUGGAUAUAUUUAUCCAACAAGUUACUUAUACUAUCUAUGGUAUGUAUACAUGUUGUCUACAGUUCAACCUGUUGGUCCAAUAUUCUACCUUUGAUUUAGGAUGGGGACAUCCCAAUCUACUGUUGGUAGAUUUGACUGAAGCUGCAAUGACUCUUGCAUUGGUUAGAAUUGUUUAUGAGUCUUUGUUCAAGUUGUGAGAAGUGCACAUUAAAGCUUUCACCUGCAUUUUUCAGUGCCUUCUCUAUAGGGAAUAAUAUGGUAGCAGUUUAUUUUUACAGUACUGUACCACUGUUAUUUCUUUACCUUGUAUUUAUUAUCAAUGUAUACCUUCUGGUGCUUACUUAAAAUAAUUCAACACAAUUCGUAGCUGUAGUACCUGGUACCAAAUGGUUAUUGUUGUGUAUGUAUCAUGUAUAAAUACUAAUGUAUGUACGGUAAAAUGAAGUACUACCAAUAAGGUUUUUUCAAAUUGCCUUCUGUGUUCAUUGAGCUAAGUUGUCUGUUAUUAAGGUAGUCUUUGACUGUGUGCUUUUUAUGUGCCAGCAGUAUCUCCUAACAUGCAAAUAUAGUAGUGUAAUGGAGAAAUAUGAGCAAUGCAUGUUUGUUGUUAACACCCUGCAUGCAUAAGCUUAUGCUGUCUAGCAAACUGUAUAUCCUGCUUUCACAUCACCAUUAAAACACGUUCAGGUCAA